AUGCACUGCCAAAUCCCCAAUCUGAGUCCUCAACUUCUCCACAAAACAACCCAAACCACAUCUUCUUUCUCUCAAUUAUCUCCAAAACUCAACCUAAACCAGCACCAAUUGGCCUCAAAAUCCACCACCAAACAAACCCAGAUUCAAAAACCCGACUCGUACAACGUUAAGUUCACGACUCUCGAAGCAUGCCAGCUCAGCAUCUCCAGAUACCCGAAUUUCGAUUACAAUGCCAACGGUGGCUCGGGUUUUGGGAUGGCAGCUAAAAUAGCAGAAUCAAACAAUCAAUUUUCUGUUGAUUUCGACGUGAAGAGAUUGUAUAUACCGCCAUUAUCAACAGCCACUACAAAGUUCCUUGGGCUGCCCUUACCGCCCUUUUUGAAAAUCGACAUACUUCCCGAGGCCUUUCAUGGAAGCAUUGACCAGGAUUCUGGCAAGGUGGUCGAGCUCAAGUUCAGGGCCAGAUUCUGUUUUUCUGUUGGGACUGUGUAUAAGGCUCGGCCGCUGCUUGUGGAUACGGUUUUAACAUCGGAAGAAUGUAAACGGGAGAUUAUUAGAGGAGAAAAAGGGGAGAGACUUGGAAAAGACGGGACGUGCAAGCUAGUUGGUGUGGCCAAAGUCGAGCCUAUUAAUGAUAUUUUCAUGGAUACGUUCCUUACACUUCCUACCGAGUGCUUAGCGAUUUUGAAUGCAACAAUCUCAUUCUCGAGCAGCACAACAUAG